AUGGCGUCGGCUUUGCUCAUCCUUGCUUCGCUUGUCAUCUUUCCAUUUCUGACGUACUACGCGACUUCAUCGUUGUUCUUUCGAAGAUCCAAUAGCACUGCUGCUGGCAAGAAGCCUCCAACGAUUCCAUACUUUGUACCGGGUUUAUUCCAUGCUGUCGGUUUCGCACAGUUAGGCGCUCGAAAGUACUUCGCGGAGCUCAUUAAAGAAUAUGGCGCUUUCGCUCCAUUUCAGGUCAGGGCAGGGCCGUAUUCAUACGUCGUGUUAAGAGAUCCGACACAUAUCAGAAGGGUACUGGACGCUCCGGAGCAUUUGACUGCAACCCCAGUUAGAGUCGAGACACUUGAUAAACUGUUUGGCUCGCCAAGAGCCGCAGAGCAUUCACAAUACAGCGAAGCGCAUACUCGGGAAGAUUCUGAGGCAGAGCCACCGAUGACCUCCAAUAUUCCCGACACCGCUCUUGCUUCAACGAUCGAAGUCUACAUCUCGAUUUUGUCGGCAAACAUGCACGAUAAGAUGUUCCAAUUUGAUAGUUGGACAAGGAUCGAAGACCUGUGGUCAUUUAUCCAGCUAGUACUUCUUCGGUGCACUCUGAACACGCUUUUUGGUUCUGCCUUACUGAAACAGUACCCACGGAUGGUGCGUGACUACUCGGACUUCAACAAUGCAGUCGAAGGUUUUGUGUAUGGUAUGCCACGCAUUAUGCUCUCUGCCGGUACGAAACCUCGCGAUCGUUUACAUCAGGGUAUCGAGCGCUGGUUGAAAUCCAACCGUACUGAGUCUGGCAGUGCGGACUCAUCGGAAAAUGAGCCAGCGUGGGAUGAGAAGCAGGGCCUGCGAUCCAUUCGCGAGCACUAUAACGCCUACUCCAUCGACAAAGAUGUGCAAACAGACAAGAAAACAAAGACAGCAGAGAUAUUGAGGAUCAUACAUACAUUGUUCUAGCACGAAUACCGAGCUUGUAUCAUCCACUUUCUGGUUGACUGUCGAAACCCUACGCAAGUCCCACCUUGUCCGUAAUAUGACGGCUAUUAUAGACCAACACCUCUCGCCCAUAACCCACAAAUACGACAUUCAUGGGCUUGCUGAAGUGCCACUGGUGCAGUCUGUCCAAGCUGAAAUCAGGAGACUACGGACAGCAACUUGUGUAGCGCGCACCAACAAAACCAACGGCUUCCCUCUAGACAAACACUGGUCGCUGCCGAAGGAUGCUACAGUACUUAUGUUCUCCCACGAUCUUUCUCUCAAUACCGAUAUAUGGAAGAAGUCACAGCCUCAAGCCCUCGAGAGGUCGCUCGAGGAGUUCUGGGCCGAGCGUUUCACGACUCCAGGACGUAAGACCAAGCCUAAAAGGGAUGUUACUGGAGAGAUGGGCGGAUCUGCUACGGAGGAUCUUAGAGACCUAUUCACGAGUCUCGCAACAUGCGAUCAAUACCCGGGAUCUCGCUUUAUAUCAGCCCUGCAGAUGGCUACGCUAGCUGUAUUGUUUGCCGAAUUCGAGAUCCAACUAUCCGACCCUGACGAGGUCGAGGCGGUCUUACCUCCGGUCCGCGAGUUUGCUUACGGCACUGUCAAGCCGCUAGAGAAGGUCGCAGUGCGCAUACGAAAGCGGAAGAUGUAA